AUGACUACCGAGUAUGAUGUUAUUGUGAUUGGAGCUGGUGUAGUUGGGCCAUGCAUAGCAACAGCUUUGGCUAGACAAGGAAGAUCAGUUUUAAUCAUUGAACGAGACUGGUCACGGCCCGAUAGGAUUGUCGGAGAGUUAAUGCAACCAGCCGGUGUCAAGGCUUUGAAAGAGUUAGGCAUGAUAAAUGCCAUCAAUGAUAUAAACGCUAUUGACUGUACUGGAUACUAUAUCCAAUAUUAUAAUGACCAUGUUACUAUUGAGUACCCAUUUAAAGAUGUUGCUCAAGUGACCAACCCUGUCAGGCCAUUGGGCAAGGAGUAUAAGUUAAGACUGGACUCAAGUAUAGAUGUCACCAAAUGGGAUAAUGAUGAACGAGUACGUGGCAUUGCAUUCCAUCAUGGGGAUUUCUUGCAGAAUUUACGAAGCAUAUGUAAAAACGAGCCCAAUGUUACAGCAAUCGAAGGAACAGUUAUCAAAUUGGUUCGUGAAUGUAAUGAUACCGUUGUUGGUGUUUCUGGUAAGCUACAAAAGGAUGAAAAUUUUCAGCACCGGGCUAAAUUAGUCAUAUCAUGCGAUGGGAUCUAUUCCAAGUUUAGAAGUGCAUUGGGAGAGGAUAACGUACCAUCAAUUGGGUCUUAUUUUGUUGGAUUUUAUUUGGAAGAUGCUAAAUUACCCGCACCAAAUAAAGGACAUGUAUUGUUGGGCGAUCAUGCGCCAGUACUCAUAUACCAAGUGUCGCCAGGGGAAACCAGGGUGCUUUGUGCAUUUAGAUCCACGAAGCCACCCUCAGCAGCCAGGAAUGAGAUUUAUAAUUAUUUGCAAAAAGAAGUGUUGCCAGUGAUACCCAAAGAACUAUACCCAGCUUUCAAAAUUGCAGUUGAAAAAAAGAAAUUUAGAGUCAUGCCUAAUCAGUAUCUUUCCGCAAAGAAACAAAAUCAACGAGGAUUAAUCUUACUUGGAGAUUCAUUGAAUAUGAGACAUCCAUUAACUGGUGGUGGAAUGACUGUUGGAUUAAACGACGCUGUAUUGUUGGCAAGAUUAUUGGAUCCAAAAUCAGUUGAGGAUUUGGAUGACUAUGAUUUAGUUCAAGAAAAGCUAACCAUUUUCCAUCGCAAGCGGAAAAACCUUGAUGCAGUGAUCAAUACAUUAUCAAUUGCAUUGUACUCGUUAUUUGCCGCUGAUAAGAAGCCAUUAAAGAUAUUACAACGUGGAUGUUUCAAGUAUUUUGAACGUGGUGGUGAUUGUGUUGAUGGACCAAUUGGAUUAUUAAGUGGAGUAUUACCAUUCCCCAUGUUGUUGUUUAAUCAUUUCUUUAGUGUGGCAUUUUAUUCUAUUUAUUUGAAUUUCAUUGAUCGUGGUGUUUUGUUCCCACUUGCUAUAUGGGAAGCUAUUGAAGUAUUGUUUACUGCUAUUGUUAUUUUCACACCUUAUUUAUGGACCGAGUUGGUUCAGUAA